CUUGAUAUUUAUUUAUGUGAAAUAAGCACCAGCCGGGCUGACGUUACGCAUCCACACCGGCUAAUGUAUGUGAAUGCUAACGCCACUAACUUGUAAGCAAGUUUCUGCCAAACUCGCUUUAGAAACGGGAAAAAUUACACGUUUUCGUAAUUAUUUUCGAAUCUUCGCGUCUGAUAAAACAUGGCUAAAAAUUGCCAAAUGUAUGCGUUCAGGGGUUCAAAUCGGCAUGUAUUGUAUCCAUUGAUCGGGAUGUGUAUUGACGAUGUUUAUUGUUGGUUCACACUCCCAACGUCGCGGUACGGGGACUGAUCUGAAACAACGCGUUCAAGGCGUCUUUAUUGCGAGUGCCGAAGUUGAGAAGAAAACCGAGGGCUCGUCGGAAGCCAUCCGGGGCUUGAGACGCAAUGCUCGUCUAUUCGGGGUUUUACGAUUUACGAUGCUGGUGAAGUUUUUGGAAUCAUGCGUUUCCAACAAGAAGAAGACGAUGAGCAGCAGCCAGAGGACGGAGAGAAGAAGGGGAGGGAGAUCCGCUGUAAAGUGGUGGUGACCCGGGAGACGGGGCUACAAGCCUCCGAGCCAACCAGUGUUUACCUGGUGGAUCACGCCUGGACGUAUCGAGUAGACCACGCCCGUCAGCAGCUGGAACAGCUCCCUGGCCUGCUGCCCAGAAUGGCUGCCCUCAUGGGGCUGGACUUCCACGGCGAGGCCCCUGACCCGGACACGGUGGAGCUGGUGAUGGAGCGCAUGUGGAAAUAUAACCAGACCUACAAACUCUCCCAGGGGUCUCCCGAGGAUAAAGUACCGGUGUGGUACAUCCUGGAUGAGUUUGGCUCCCAGGUGCAGCACUCCGACCGGCCCAGCUGCAGCAUGGCCCCCUUCUUCUACGUCCAGGGUGGGCUGGCCUACUCUGUGCUGUGGCCCCUGCAGAACCUGCAGGAGGGAGAUGAAGUGUCCCGUGACUAUACUUAUGAAGAGACAGACCCCCUAGUGAGGCGAUGCCGUUUGUUACCAUGGAUACCUACUGAUCUAGAAGGGGUCAGUAGUGUCACGACUGAGCCCCCCGACUCGUACUUUGAGUCCAUUGCGUUGGAGACCAAGGAGCAGCUCCCUGUGGAAAUCCAACCCUACACUGUGGCCGAGGACAGAAUCCUCAAGGUUUACUCCGACAUGUCGCAAGUCACAAACAACCUGACUCACCCCCGCUUCCAGCUGAUAGAGGAGAAGGAGGCCGCCGAUAUCAUUUGGAGCUAUCAUCACAUGAAAGACUACAGGAAGUUGAGUGAGGAACGACCCCAUGUGAUGCUCAACCAGUUUCCCUGUGAGAGCAUCGUCACUGUGAAGGACUGCUUGGCUGCUGUGGCGCGCAGAGCGAAAGGCGGCUCCCAGCCCGAUUGGUUACCAGAGACCUUCAACCUCCAGUCAGAGCUGCCGCAGUUCAUCAAGUGUUAUCAACAGAGACAGCAAAGGGGAGAGGAUAACCACUGGAUCUGUAAGCCCUGGAACUUGGCUCGUGGCCUGGACAUACACAUCACCAACAAUCUGGACUAUAUAAUCAGGCAAAGAGAGAGCACACCAAAGGUGGUGUGUAAGUACCUUGAAGAUCCAGUGCUGUUCAACAGAGAGGAGGUGGGAAUGGUGAAGUUUGACAUUCGCUACAUGCUGAUUGUUCGCUCUGUGCAGCCUCUGCGUCUCUACGCCUAUGACGUCUUCUGGUUGCGCUUUGCUAAUAGGCCUUUCUCCUUGGACCAUUUUGAUGAUUACCAAAAGCACUUCACCGUCAUGAACUAUACUGGUGGUGUGGAGCUUAAGCAGGUGCAUUACGAUGAGUUCAUCCCCAUGUUUGAGAACCAGUACCCACUGUACCCAUGGAAGGAGGUGGAAGCGGAAGUGUUCAGAGCGUUCAGGGAGUUCUUUGAGGCAGCCUCGUCCCGACCAGCUCCGUGUGGCGUGUGUCCCUACCAGUCAUCCCGGGCCAUCUACGCCGUGGAUCUCAUGCUGAAGUGGAGUACCGGGGAAAAUGGUGAGCGAGUCAUACAGCCUCAGAAACUUGAGAUGAACUUCAGCCCAGACUGUGCCAGGGCCUGCCUCUACCACCCCUCCUUCUACAACCACAUAUUCCAGACACUGUUCCUGGAUCAGCCCGAGCACUGUCCGGUCACACCAAUUGUCUAAUUGUCUCCAAUUUGUCUUCUGCCUUCUCUGUACCAGGUUUACCAUCUCAUAUUAGGACACUUCUGAACGUAUUACCUUUUUUUUAAUGAAUGUAUUACACGGUUGUCUUAUGUACCUGAUGUUUUUAGAAACUUGGUGGUUAUAAACUAAGGACUCCUGUACAAAAUGAGAAGCAAUAAAGGCUGUUGCUGAUAAACUGGAUUUAUCAUAAAUGUGAGGCAAAUAAUCGCUGAGUUAAACUUAGGUAUUCAUUUUCCCUCCCUGUGGCUUCAAAUGUCAGCUGAGCAGAAGACCUGGGAGGUGAAGAGGCCACAGUGCAACAUGCUGACAGGAGGCGGAUCUCCAAGCUCCGAUUGGGGGAGGUGAUAAAGGGGAUAUUAUCCUGUGCAGGUGCUGCAGCCACUAGGAACGUGGCAUUGGUCACACCUGCGGGCAAUCAGCUAAUUGGAGGGGGAGGAUACAUCCAGGGAGCAGAGCGGACAGACGGACGGAGGGAGACUGAGGAGCCCCCCACCCCCUAACAGGACGAAGGAACCGUGGACAAAGUGGAGUAGACUGGAGUUGCUAACCAGGAGCGGGAGAACUAUUUCUGUUGGCCUAAGCGACCGUUAUUUUGACCGUGUUAUUAAAAGGACCCUUUUUGUUGUAUAA